AUGACUGAUAAAUUAUUCGAAUCUUGUACUGAAAUAUCUACGGGUUUUGUAUGUGACAAUUGUCAUAUAAGUAUAGAUCGUGUUGAAUGGAAACGAUGUACAAAAUGUAAACAAUUUGAUUUAUGCCAUAAUUGUGAAAAUGUUCCAUAUGAAAAUUUACCGAAAAAAAUUCAAGACUAUCAUAAAAGUUUACAUGCUGAAUCAGAUCCAAAUGAAGUAAUAACUAAUCAAUAUAUGUCUCCUGUAGGAGUCGAAGAAGCUAUAGAAAAUUUGGAGAAUAAUUUUGGUAAAACGAUAAAUUCACAAUUGAAUAAAAUACGUCAUAAUAAUAGAAUUGAUAAUGAUUAUCAAAUGAAUCAUAUUAUACAUAAAUUAAAACAACUACAAAAACCUUCAUCACAUGCUGAAGUUAAAUUAACAUCAGAAUCUGGAGAAGUUACAGAAUCUGAAUUACUUGCAUUAAUUGGAAAAUAUUAUACUCAAGGACAUGAAACUAAUAUCAAUAUAUUAAGUUUAGAUGGUGGAGGUACACGUGGUCAUAUGUCUUUUAAAGUUCUUUGUCAACUUAUAACAGAAAUUUAUCCUGAACAUAAUACAAGUUUUAUUGAUGCUCAAUCAAAAUUUAUUGAUGCAUUUGAUUAUCUUGUUGGUACAAGUACAGGUGGACUUAUUGCUUUUUGUUUAGCUGUUAAUCAUGAUUUAUCUGAUAUUAAGGAAAUCUAUGAAAAAGCUGAACAAUUUUUUAAACGACAAUGGUUAACAAAAUAUGGGCCAGUUCUAUGGGAUAAAUAUGAUCCUACACCAAUAUAUAAUAAAAUUGAUUAUAUUAUUGAUAAUAUUCCAUUUCUAAAAGAAAGAAACUUAUCAGCUAAAGAUGCAACUUUACUUGAUAUACAUAAUUUAUUAAAUCCACAUUGUACAACUAAUGAUCCAACAUCUGAAUUAGAUCAUCAAUAUCAUAGUAAUUGGUUAGAAUUUGAUGAUAAUCCAACUAAUCCUACAAUGAGAGAACGUGAGAAAGUUUUACUUAUAACAGCUUAUAAUACAACAAACGAUUGUAUGACUAUAUUUAAUACAAGUUAUAGUGAACAUUGGGGUUAUCGUAUAGCAGAUGUAUUAAAAGCGACAAUGGCUGCUCCAACUUAUUUUCGACCUUGUACAAUGUAUAAGAGGAAAAAGAAUGUGAAUGGUAUUUAUGAACGAGAUGGUAAAGAUGAAACAUUUCUUGAUGGUGGAGUAUUUGCUAAUGAUCCUGAAUUAGCAGCAUUAUGGGCAAUAAGAAUGCAAUGGAAAAAACCAGUUAAAUAUCAUUUAAUGUGUAUUGGUACAGGACGUUAUAAUGCAAAAUUAUCAAUGGAUCAUAAUUGGAAUGGUGGAUAUAAAUAUUGGUUAUUAGAUACAAAAGGUUUAUUAGUUAAUGUAUUUAUGGAUGGUACACGAAGUUUAACAGAAACUAUUACGAAUAAUUUAGCAAAAUUUGAUAGUAUUAAACGAAUUAAAUUUAAUUAUAAAUUAACAGAAUCUAUGGAAUUAGAUGAUCCAACUUUUGCAGUCAAAUUUAAUGCAGCAUGGGAUGCUAAACUCAAAGAUGGACAUGAUUAUAAAACAUUGCUUUUCUUUUAUAAAAAAUAUAUUCAGAAACACUAA